AUGACGACUGCUCAUAUGCAUUCCAGCUCUACACGGCCGCUUCAGCCUAAAUCGAAAGACGACCACGUUUCUAAGCGGCAAGUCGACUCGAUCAUGUCGCAAGUCGGAUCUCCAAUGGAACAAACUUCAUCCGACACCAUCGAAUACGUGAACACGUCAGUGUUUACAGCACCCUCCGCCCCUCCCUCGACGCUGGUAAUCGUCUCCACGGUGACGCCGACUGGUGCCGGUGAAAAUCCUUCUAUCGUUACAGUUAUCAGGACGUUCACACCUCUAGAGCUACCUGAUCUGCCAUCCGACACCAGCUCAAUUACUUCGUCAGUAGCUUCUGAGCUGGUACCUGUCAGCUCAACUACAAAAUCAUUGGCAUCGAGCACGAGAAGUAGCGACAGUGCAUCAGCCUCACACUCGUCAGACGACGACGUGUCGUCAGCGUUCUACCGGGACGACGGUAGCGGCACUGCACGAACAGCAGACAUAAUAGCCAGCAUAGCUAUUGGGCUCCUGGCCAUCGGCUUUCCUACGAGCACCAAGAAUGACGACGAGAUCGGAAGAGACACAGACGGAGACGCAGAAAUACCCGAGCUCGAAACAAUGGAGCUGCCGCAGGAACUUCCAGAAGACCGUCCAACGCGAGCGCAAGAGUCGAAUACUACACGAUCAUCCAAGUACGCGACGGAUGCAUCCCAUGAGCUCACGGCCGACUCUGCGACGGCUGAGCUGUUGAAUGGGCAAGGCGAACAUACACCACUAGUGACCAAACACGACCCGCAACGACCCGCUGCUGGAAUAAUGGAGACGACGAACAAUACACUGUCAUCGAAUGUUGAAGCUCAACGGAGAAGAGAGGUGGAAUGGCCGGAGAUGGAGGAGGAGAGAAUACGGAAGCGGCGGGAGUUGCUUGCAGCGCAAGGUGGCGCGAACAGCUGAUGAAACAGGCACAGCAGAAUCUAUCCUUCUUCGACUUUGAAGGAACAAUGAUCAUGAAACAAUAGCAUACAUAUACUCGUCCAUGUCUCAAAACCAGAACAUCCCAAAUGUUACCGCCUGCCGAAGCGUCGCACCGAGUCAAAAGCAACCAACGAAUUCCUGCGACCCAAACUGCGACCUCUAUACUCACCACUCUACAGCAUGCAUUGGAAUGACGAUAAUGCCCUGAUUGUACCGGUACACAAG